UCCUUCUCCGACGAAGAUGGAAAACAGCUCAGUAUGAGUUUCUAUCUCAAACAAGGAACAUCCUUGUUAUUCUAAAUUUAAUUUCUGUGAAAUCAUCGAAUUUUGUAUUUCUUUUUUUGGAGUCAGACAAACGUUUAAAUGGGUGCAAAACACUUCUUAUUGUUGCAAGCUUUAAUAUGUUUAUUUUGUAUUAUGGGACCAGAAACAAGUGCAGCUAAAAUUAAAAGUUUCAAUCCAGGUGUUCCAUCAGAUUCACACUGGACCGCUUCUAAUGUAAAGACUAUUGAAAUUGAACCAGAGGCCGAGGUGCCAAGAAAAGUUAUGGCUGAUUUAUUACGCAAGGACCAAUUCUUUCAAGACAUUUUCUUUGAACAUUCGGCACCUUUCAAAGUUCAAUUUGGUCAUGUGUGCGAAAAUCCUAAAGAAUGGGAACAACGCUUUGAACGAAGAGACUUUGAACUGAAUCACCAUCAGGGCAAGGUUCUUUGGGGAGACAAGGAUGGAGCUUAUGGUGAACAUUAUUGGGAUUUAAAUCAUGGCAAAGGGAGGUAA